ACUAAAACUUUCCUUUUCACCUACAGCCACACCCAUGCUCCUUCAAUCAAUAAUAUUAUGGGACUAGGAAAACUUUAACCGAUAGAAAACUACAGGAUAAUAUCUUCCUCUCUCUCCCCCUUCCCCCUUUCCUUCUUCUUUCUCUUAUCCUCUUUCUGGGUCUUGGGGUUUUGCAGAUUUAACUUCAAGCUGGGUGGCAGAGAGUCCAAUCUCUACUUUCCCUGGUGAAAAAGGGCAAGUUUUUGCUAUUGCAAGUUAUAUCUCACAUUCAGCGCUCAGAGACAAGAGUACUGAAUCAUUUGGGAACUUGUAGUUAGUGGACUGAAUCCCCCGUUGAUUCUUUCCAAAUCUAAGGCUAAAUUUGGGCGUUUCUUUCUGGAACGAUGAUGUUCGACGAGGUGGGUCUUUGCGGUGAUAUGGACUUCUUCUCUGGUACUCUUGGGGAUAAAGAUUUUCCUGCCUCGCAGAAUGAACCAGAGCCUAUUGUGGAGGAUGAUUAUACUGAUGAAGAGAUUGAUGUGGAUGAACUUGAGAGGAGGGUGUGGAGAGACAAGAUGCGUUUGAAGAGGCUGAAGGAACAGAACAAGGGUAAGGAGGGGACUGACAAUGCCAAACAGCGCCAAUCACAAGAGCAGGCACGGAGGAAGAAGAUGUCUAGGGCUCAGGAUGGAAUUUUGAAGUACAUGCUGAAAAUGAUGGAAGUUUGCAAAGCUCAAGGAUUUGUUUAUGGGAUUAUUCCAGAAAAAGGAAAGCCAGUAACUGGAGCAUCUGACAAUCUGCGAGAAUGGUGGAAGGACAAAGUCAGGUUUGAUCGAAAUGGUCCAGCAGCCAUAGCCAAGUAUCAAGCAGAUAAUUCAAUCCCGGGCAAGAACGAUGGGAGUAACACUAUUGGGCCAACCCCUCACACCUUGCAAGAACUUCAAGAUACAACUCUUGGUUCUCUCUUGUCAGCACUCAUGCAGCAUUGUGAUCCACCUCAGAGGCGGUUUCCCUUGGAGAAGGGAGUUUCACCACCGUGGUGGCCUGAUGGAAAUGAGGAAUGGUGGCCUCAGCUGGGUUUGCCCAAGGAUCAAGGCCCUCCUCCUUACAAGAAACCUCAUGACUUGAAGAAGGCCUGGAAAGUGGGUGUUCUGACAGCUGUGAUUAAGCACAUGUCACCUGAUAUUGCUAAGAUUCGCAAGCUGGUAAGGCAGUCAAAGUGCUUGCAGGACAAGAUGACAGCAAAGGAAAGUGCAACCUGGCUUGCCAUAAUUAAUCAGGAGGAGGCCUUGGCUAGGGAGCUUUACCCUGAUUCCUGCCCACCUUUGUCGUCAGCUGGAGGGAGUGGGUCAUUGGUGAUUAAUGAUUGCAGUGAGUAUGAUGUCGAAGGGGUUGAGGAUGAGCCAAGCUUUGAUGUGCAAGAGUGUAAACCUAUGAAUCUCAAUUCGUCAAGCUUUGGGCUGGAGAGAAUGAGGGCAGUUCAACAACCUUAUGCCAUUAAAGGAGAAAUGGUUAAUGUCGAUUUCAGUCAGAAGAGGAAGCCGUCAAAUGAUCUGAACUUGAUGGAACAUAAGAUCUAUACAUGUGAGUUCCUUCAGUGUCCAUAUAGUGAACUCCGCUUGGGUUUUCAUGACAGGAUUUCUAGGGACAAUCAUCAACUGAGUUGCCAAUAUAGGAGCUCAUCUGCACAGUUUGGGGGGUCGAAUUUUAACGUCAAUGAAGUUAAACCAAUCAUCUUUCCUCAGUCCUAUGUGCAACCCAAGCCAGCAGCACCAGCACCUGCAUCUGCACCUGCACCUGCACCAUCAGUUAGCUCAGUCCCACCUUGCUUUGAUCUAUCAGGACUUGGAGUGCCAGAAGAUGGGCAGAAAAUGAUCAGUGAACUAAUGUCAAUCUAUGACAGUAAUUGUCAAGGCAACAGGAAUUUAAAUCCUGGUAACAACUCAGUUACAGAAUGCCAAAAUCUUCUUCAGCCAAAAAUUCAACAACAGCAACAAGAAGACUUCUUUCAUGGACAAGGAGCUGUGAUGGAAGGAAACUUCUUCGAGGAAUCCAGCAUGCCUUCUAAUAACAACCAUCAAAUGUUUUCACAAGGUGAAAGUCAGUUCGAUAGGUUUAAGGUCUUGAAUUCCCCAUUUGAGACCAAUCACAACAACAACAGCAGCAGCAGCAGCUUUCAAAUGAUGUUCGGUUCUCCCUUUGAUUUGGCAGCAUUUGAUUACAAAGAAGAUCUACAAGCAAUUGGAAUGGAUACCAUGCCAAAGCAGGAUGUGUCAAUCUGGUUCUAGUAACAAAGCAAGACAUUCUUGGAGGGAACUCAAUUCCUUCAGUUUGUUACACCCAUGAGGGUGGUGAAUCCAACCCAUAAACUGCAUAUUAAUAGGUAUUGUAUUUUUGUCAUGUUUGUAUCUGGUAGAAUAUACCCCAUGUGCAUGUCUGAACUGGGACUGGAAUAAGAGAACACAAGAACUUGGUGAGAGUCCCAAGACCCCUCUACUGAUUAAUAGAUAUGACUGUCAAAUGUGACAUAAAUAAGUUAGGUGUAUGAUCUUAUCUCUUGUUUAUUGUACUAAUUUUUGUCUCGGCUUCUUCUCUCCCAUUAUGAUGUUGUAUUGAUGUGGGUAGGGUCGGAGAAUCUGGUUGUGGGUGUUGUGUCUUGUAAUGGCUACAUAGUGUUUUGUCCUUUAAUGCAAAUCCCAUGUGCGUUUCAAGUCUUAUUAAGACCCACAAGAGAAUAAAUGGGUGGUGAUGCC